UCAUGAUCAUGGAGUUUGAUUCUCUACUUAUAUAUAUUCAUAGAUAAGAAGGUUAGGUAUAUAUUAAAUCUAUGGUUUGAUUUAAAUUUGGUUUGUUUUUGUUGGUUAUUUAAAAUGAUUAAAUGAUAAUACAUAUUGAAUGAAUAAAUUAUAUGUCGUGUAUGUUAUAUAAACGCUUUUAAAAUGUUAGAUAGUGUGAAACACAUAAUACUAGUCCUUUCUGGCAAAGGUGGAGUUGGAAAAUCAACAGUUAGUACCCAAUUAAGUCUAGUUUUAACAGAAAAAGGCUACAAAGUUGGUAUAUUAGAUGUAGAUUUAUGCGGUCCAAGUAUUCCUUAUUUAUUGCAGCUUGAGGGAAAAGAUGUGCAUCAAGCAAAUGAAGGGUGGAUACCAGUGUUUUUUGACAAGAACCAAAACCUAGCCGUUAUGUCAAUCGGAUUCCUUUUGAAUGACAGAAAUAGUUCUAUAGUAUGGAGAGGCCCAAAGAAGACUUCGAUGGUCAAACAAUUUUUGACUGACGUCUGCUGGGGAGAUCUUGAUUAUUUGAUUAUUGAUACACCUCCAGGAACCUCAGACGAACAUAUAACAGUAAUGGAGACUUUAAAAACUGUUAAAUGUGAUGGUGCUAUUAUAGUAACUACUCCGCAGCAGGUCUCCAUUGAAGAUGUUAGGAAAGAAAUUACAUUUUCUAAAAAAACUGGAAUUCCGAUAUUAGGACUUAUUGAAAAUAUGAGUGGGUUUGUUUGUCCACAUUGUUCUGAUUGUACGAAUAUAUUCAGUAAAGGUGGAGGAGAAUCCCUAGCGGAACUUACGGAAAUUCCUUUAUUGGGUACUCUGCCGAUCGACCCACAAGUUGGAGAAUUGCUGGGAAAAUGUUGCAUUAAAGAGUUUCCUGACUCACCAUUAUCUAAAGAAUUUAAUAAUAUUGUAAACAAGAUUAUAAAUAAAUAAAUCCGUACCUCAGAACAAAAGUGUAUUAAGUCACAAAAUAUAAAUUUUACAGGGAGCGAAAAUAAAAAUUAUUUUUACUGUUUUGUAACAUUUUCCAUUUAAUACAUUAAAUUUUAUUUAGCAAAUUCUUUUAAAUAUGAAUAAUAAUCAUUGUUCUUUUUACCACUAAAAAAAAUUUUUUUUGUAUACUACUGUUUUUGGAAAAAAUGAACUUUACAUAUUUUUGCUCUGAAAAAUAAAUAUUUGACUGUGACUUAACAUUAAUUUUUCCACCUAUCUUAUGGCAAAAUCUCCAUUAUGGAAAACAUCAUACCUAUUUUACAAAAUUAAGGAAAUAUUUGGAUAUACAGAAUUAAAAAUACUAUACGGAAGUGUUUGUAACAAAACCAUUAAUACGAGCAAGUAAAGAAAACUAGAAAAAAGUUUAAUUAAAAAACAGAAAUGGUCGUAAAGUAACUGUAUUUUUAUUAAGUAAAAAAUUUAACAAUAACUUUUGAAGUACGUAACAAAAUAAUAAUUAAAAACUAAACAAAUGCAGGGCUACUUCCGCUAAUUAUCAGUAAUCUGAAUUGUGUCUUUAUGUACUAGAGUCUGAAAAAAAAUAGUGAAACCUCGCUGGAACCCACUUUAGCAGCUUUUGAAGAUCAUUGAAUUUUUUAGUACUUAUCGGAUUUAAGGUAUCUCUCAAGGAAACCAGAGAAUCUUCUAAAGAUUGAUGAUUUCUUCUACCAACUCUUCGGUUAAAGUCUACAGUCUGAAAUUCCAAAUCGAAGUCUGUUUUAACGUACAGAAUCCCAGGAUUUUCUUGUCUGAAUUGCAUACAUACUGCUUGUUAAAUUAAAAAUUUUUCGUUGUUCUCAGUUUUCUUUUUAUUUUGAAAUGGUGAAUCGCAAGAAUUGUACAGUUUAUUAAAGUCUUUAAAAUUAGACGUUGUCAUUUCAUACACUUUGAAAUCUUUGUUUUUUCCGGAAAUUCUAGCCAACUGUAACCGAUCCCAUGGAGUAAUAAUUUGAAAAUUAGGACAUUCUUUAGCUUCUCGUUCUAUACCUGAAUGUAUACUGUCCACCUCCAUGUGCGUAUGCCCUCGCAAAAGAAAUUUGUGAGUUAUUUCUUUUAUAUGUGGAUAUCUCGAAAGUAGAUAAAAGUAGCACAUAAUCAUUUGUAUGUUCCGGUUUUGGGAUGGGCAGUUAUCGGUCCAAAUAACAACUGAAGUUGUGCUUUGAGGUAAUGAAUGAAUGUAUUGGACCAAGCAUGAGGCCAUUUCGUUUCCACCUCGACCAGCAAUUGAUUCAUCCCACAUUAGACAGUUCGCCUGUUUUUCCGUUGAAUCAUAAAUUGUAUAAUUAAAACCCCAGAGUUUUAGACUGUAAAAACUUUGAGAGUUAGUUAGCUUUGGGCAAGGAAGACAUUUUUGUAAAUCUAUCAUUAAAACUUUUUGUCCAGGGUUAUUGAUGGACAUCUCCUUGUCUAUCUAUUUCAAUUUGUACCGUUUAUCGGCCUCUAACAAAUGAGCGUUAUACUGCACUUGUAAUGUUUCUCUCUCAGCUUUAGAGUUUGACUGUCUUAGAUUGAUUAGAAAUUCAUCACAUUUAUCACAAGUAUCUUUUGAAGGAACAGCGAACGAUAUAUUAAAUUCUGUAUUAAAAAUGCGAUUGUAAAGCCAUUCUUUGCCUACUUCGUCCGAAGGAAUGUUUUUCAAAUCACACUCUUCCUUAAACAUUGUAGAAAUAUUUAAGUGACCUCCUAAAUAUUUUUUCGCCGUCCUUCUUCGACUAUAAUGUGAUUCUUCACAUGGGUAGGCCAUUAUAUGCUCACGAAUCCUGUUUUACCUCAUUCUUUACUUUAUUUAUAGAUGGCUGCUUUCCUUUUUUGUCACAUUCUACAACUCCACUUGUUUGCAUUUUUUCAAGUGCACAUCUAACAAAAGAUUGAGAAAUAUCUAGAGUACGCAAAAAGAACUUACUGCAAACUUGAAACCUCUUUCCUUCAAUGGUAAAAAAAUAUUUCCAGUUACAAUGGCGUUUUCCAGCUCGAGCACCUGUUCGUUCUUUUGAUACACAUUUUUUCAAGACAAGAACAUAAAAACUGUCUUUUUUGAUCUAUGGUUGUCUCAUGAUUCCAAAAUUGUCGGUGAAUUUGUGCUCUCUGAGGACCUAAGAUGUUUUCAUUGCAUUUUAAACGGCAGUUUCUACAAGGCUUUCGAACCUUCCUUUCCUUUAUAGUCUUUUUAGUUUUGGAAGAUUUAUAUUGUUGGCCUGCCAUCCUCUUCUUUUUUCGUUCGUUUCGUUACCACGUACUUUCGUUCCUUAAACGUUUCUUACCUUUGCUUUGAUGAUCGGCUACCAUGACCUUUUUUUCAUUUUCAUCUUCACCCUCAUUUGUGAUUUCAAAAUCAUUGUCAGUACUCGAAUUAAUGCUAGGAACAAAUGAACUUCCCGAAUAUUCAAAUGGAUCUUCCUCGUCUUGGUGUAUGGUACUUGUAGACGAGUUGAGCUCCAGUGGUGGUUGCUUAAUUUCGUUAAUAAGCAAGCUGCUACUUGAAGAAGGUAUGUCUUUAGGUACAUCUGAAACAACAGCAGCUGCAUUUAGUUGCAUUUCAGUUGUAUCCUCCUGCAGGUUAACAAAGUUGUAAGAUAUAUCUAACAAAGACGGUGAUGUGAUCCGUACAGCCAUAGCUUCAUCCGAAUUCUGACUCUCAAGGUAGUCUAAAACAAUAAAAAAAAAGAUGUACAGGCAAAAAAGAGAAAUACAUUGACAAGAGCUAUGAGAUUUAUUUCUUUUACUUUUCUAAAACAAUAAUAUCAGCUAUUAUAAGUGACUCCGUAUCUUAUAUAACAAGAACAAAAUAAUUCAUCCUUUUUUUAUUUUAAAUUCAUUAGGUAUAACUUUUCUAUUAAAUGGCGUACGAGUGUUAAAGAUCGUCACCGUAAAUUCAAAACAUUUGUCUUUAUAAUGCAGUUAAACGUCUUUAUAAUGCAGGUAAACAAAACGCACGUUUUGUUUACCGCUCAGCGCAAGCUGAAGAAUUCUGUGGGCUCUAUCUUCCAUUUUUGGCUAUCUCGUUUAAUUUAACAUGCACGACUUAAACAAAAAAUAUAACACCGGGUUUAAAAGCGAAGAGAACAUGCGCUUCAAUACACUGCAAAUAGCGAACUGAACAAACGCACGUAUUGUACUAUGUAAUUCACACCUCAACAAGCACAGACUUGUCAAAUUUUAAAAGAUUGUGGACUUAAUGCUUUGCCUGAAUUACAUUAUGUGGGACAUAAUACUUUUUGUUGGACAUAAUAUGGUUUUGCCCUGGGAAAUGUACACACCACUUUGGAUCUAAUACAUUUGAAAUGCAGAAGAUACUGUUUUGCUCUAAGCGCAAUGUGGGCUUAAUACUGUUCAUAAAAGGUUAUUUUGGCCAAUUUCAGUCGAAACAGCGAGUAAGAAGCACCAUUGAAUAGAGCGGAAAAUUUUAAUCCCAGUGAGCCAAAAAAGUAGAAAACUGAAAUUUUGGACUUAAUACAGUUUUGCUCUGAGGUACGGAAAUGUUAUUGGAUUU